AUGCCUCAGUAUCCAGAUUGCGCCCUCGUCGGUUCCGCCAAGGUGGCAUGGACCGCCCUUGGUGAUCUCUUUCAGCGUGGACCGCCGCUUCUCGAGACCGGCUACGUGCCCACUCUCCGUCUGCCGAAGAUCGUCGUGUCUUCCGUGGAGCCACGCGGCGACGACCUCGUGCUCUCGCUGCCGCUCAGCGACCAGAAGAUGCAGAAGAUGGCCACGCGCUAUCCGAACGCAACGGCGCGACCUCCAGUCCAACCCGCCAACGCGUCGCAAGCGCACGCCGAUUUCUUUCGCGCUUGGGGUCCGAAGAAGCCUCGCCAGGUAACGAUCGUCCCCGGAGCCGACAUUCGGUUUCACGACGGCUGGGACACCGAGUUACACGCUCAUCUGUCUACGGACGCCAAGUGCAUCCGCCCCAGCAACCAACUCGUGCUUGCGCAUCUCGUCAUCGACCCUCGACGCGGGGCGCCAAGCUUGGCGCUGGCCACGCGCCCUCGCGACACGAUCGCGACGCUGGUCGUGCUCCUGGCGCCCGAGGACCCGCACGAGCUCCACUUGAAGUUGGAGCGAAACGGCGCGACACACGCGUGGAGCGAGGCGAGCGAGGACCCCGUGCAGUACGCCUUCCUACCCGUGGGAGCGUCGCUCGUCGCUGCCAAGAGUCACGGCGCUUCGCCGCGGGUGGCUCUUGUGUUUCACGUCACCGGGUCGUCGGCGCUCAGCUACGAUGACACGGGAGCCAUCCGUCGCGUCGAUGCGCUCCUCAGCAAGCUCUCCGCGUCAAGUACGAUCGGCGUCGUCCGCGGUAUCCAAAUGGACCUCUGUCGCAACUGUACAACACCCGAAUGGAGCGCGCUUCCUCCGCUCCACAAGGCGUUUCUCCAUGGCCUUCUCCGCUCCGCCGCGUACGACGUCGGGCUUGCCGCCUACUCGCAACAUUUCGGCAUCCAACAUUUCGAUCCACAUCCAGCGUCGCCCGGAGCGGCGUUGGUCGACAUGAGGGAUGUGAAGCUUGAUGAACUCGUCGCGACCGGCGAGGGGGCCCGGUACGAAUACAGCGUCGUGCUGGUGUUUUGGCCCAAGCGCCACCUCUUUCAAGCCUUGGGCGUCGCUGCGUUUGCAUCGGCGAUGCGGUCCUUCGCGCCUGCGGCCGCCCACCCGUAUGCGGUCGCUAUCACCAACGCCUUUGGCACCGAGUACCUGCGGACAGACAGCACAGCCGCCAGCCACGAGGCGCUGCUUCAAUGGCUCUGCGACGAGGACAAUGUCGAUGGCAUCUGCCGCUAUCUGUCGGCCGAAGCACUUGUCGAUGCGACGUGUCCGUGGUCGCUGCUCGCACCAUGGAUCCAACAGCAGCUCGCCAAGUACGGGUGGACGCCGCUGGCCAAAGCCAUGAACGACCUCGUGGCUCGGUGGUGUGUCGACCAUGCGGCGUCGCUUGUCGCGUCGCUCGCAGGCGUCACGGAUGCCCCCGUGUGCGCGCCGCUCGAACAAGACUUUGUCUACGAGUGCAUCCGGCAGCUGUGGGUGACGCUGCACACGGCGCUUCUCAACCCGCGCGUCGGGGCGACGAUGCAAGAUGAUGUGUUGCAACGUCUACUCACGGACGCUUUGCACAUCGAGCACUACUGCUACGACCAAGCAGACAUGGCCCGAUGGAUCAACGCGCGCUUGCCAGCCAACCACCUUCUCAUGCUGCCGACAGACGUCUUUAGUAUCAUCGAGUCGUUUGUGUGGCCCACGACGUCACCCGUGGCCGACAUCUUUGGAGGGAUGCAUUCGUGCUCGCUUCUUCUCGGGGCCAUGGCGACAGCACUCGUGCACAACGCGGCUCUCAAUGCCUCGCCGCGCGUCCCUUGUACGUGGCACUGUGACGACGGGAGCGGUACCGAGACGGUGGUGGCAGUCUCGGUCUCGCGCUUGCUCUCUCUCUUGGAGCGGAACCCGCGCCAGAAGAUCGAGGUCGCCUUUCUCGACGACUGCCGCCAGUCGGGCACACGCUUUGUCCGCGCCACGCUCGCUCGUGUGGGCAAUGUGAGCGCCAAGUCGCUGACGAAUCGCUUCGAUCUCGUGGCGCACGUCCAGCGGGAAACGUCCUUUUUGCAGCAAUUGCGCGGAUGA